AUGUGGCAGCGCCCCACGUGCCUGUCCCGUCCACCUCUUCCCCUUCCCGGGGGGCCGCCCGCGAACGCUGCCCCUGCCCGCAGGUCGAGCACGGAGCUGCGCAAGGAGAAGUCGCGGGAUGCGGCUCGCAGCCGGCGCAGCCAGGAGACCGAGGUGCUGUACCAGCUGGCGCACACGCUGCCCUUCGCGCGCGGGGUCAGCGCGCACCUGGACAAGGCCUCCAUCAUGCGCCUCACCAUCAGCUACCUGCGCAUGCACCGCCUCUGCGCCGCAGGGGAGUGGAGCCAGGUGGGAGCAGGGCUGGAGCCGCUGGACGCCUGCUACCUGAAGGCCCUGGAGGGUUUCGUCAUGGUGCUCACCGCCGAGGGGGACAUGGCCUACCUGUCGGAGAAUGUCAGCAAACACCUGGGCCUCAGUCAGCUUGAGCUCAUUGGACACAGUGCCUUUGACUUCAUCCAUCCCUGCGACCAAGAGGAGCUCCAGGACGCCCUGAUGCCCCGGCUCAGCCUGUCCAAACGGAAGCCAGAGGCCCCCACGGAGCGGAGCUUCUCCCUGCGCAUGAAGAGCACCCUCACCAGCCGCGGGCGCACCCUCAACCUCAAGGCGGCCACCUGGAAGGUGCUACACUGCUCUGGACACCUGAGGGUCUACAAGCCCCCUGCACAGACUUCCUCAGCCGGGAGCCCCCACCUAGAGCCCCCCCUGCAGUGCCUGGUGCUCAUCUGUGAAGCCAUCCCGCACCCCGACAGCCUGGAGCCCCCGCUGGGCCGGGGGGCCUUCCUCAGCCGCCACAGCCUGGACAUGAAGUUCACCUACUGCGAUGACAGGAUUGCUGACGUCGCUGGCUACAGCCCCGAUGAUCUGAUUGGCUGUUCCGCUUACGAGUACAUCCACGCGCUGGACUCUGAUGCCGUCGGCCAGAGCAUCCACACCUUGCUGAGCAAGGGACAGGCAGUAACCGGGCGGUAUCGCUUCCUGGCACGGAGUGGUGGCUACCUGUGGACCCAGACCCAGGCCACAGUGGUGUCAGGGGGCCGGGGCCCCCAGUCUGAGAGUAUCGUCUGCGUCCACUUCCUGAUCAGCCGGGUGGAAGAGACCGGAGUGGUGCUGUCCCUGGAGCAAACGGAGCGACGUCCUCGCAGACCCACGCAGCGGGCCACCCCCUCCCAGAAGGACACCCCUAAUCCUCGGGGCAGCCUUGACAUGUCUGGUCCCCGGAUCCUGGCCUUCCUACACCCCCCUGCCCUGAGCGAGGCCACCCUGGCCGCUGACCCCCGCCGCUUCUGCAGCCCGGACCUCCGUCGCCUCCUGGCACCUAUCCUCGAUGGGACUUCGGUAGCUGCCACCCCCAGCGCACCCCCAGCCACACGGCGCCCCCCGAGCCCCCUGCCGGCCGAUCUCCCGGAUGAGCCACUGGUGGACGUGGGGAAUGCACACGAAGUGCUGGCCUCUGGGAAAGACCUGGAGGCAGUGGAGACAGAUCCAGCUGUAGCUCAGGACGUCGAUGCCCUGGAUUUGGAGAUGCUGGCCCCCUACAUCUCCAUGGACGAUGACUUCCAGCUCAGCUCCAGUGAGCACCUGCCCAGGCUCUACCACAGACCCCUGGGGGUGGCCCCCCGGCCUCGCGCUCGGAGCUUCCACGGCCUGUCUCCCCCAACUCCUGAGCCCUCCCUGCUGCCCCGCUGGGGGAGUGACCCCCGGCUGAGCUGCUCCAGCCCUUCCAGAAGGGACACCUCCGGCCCAUCCAGGGCUGGGGCUCGGAAGAGGACCUUGGCCCAGAGCUCGGAGGAUGAGGCCGAGGGGGCGGAGCUGCUGGGGGUGAGACCCCCUAAACGGUCCCCUAGCCUAAGACCCGAAAACUUCCUACUGCCUCCUCUCAGCCUGAAUUUCCUCCUGACAGGACCGGCCCCAGGGAGGCAGCAGGAUCCCAGCACCCACCUCCUGGAACUGAAUGAGCCCCUGGGCCUGGGCCCUUCACUGCUCUGUCUCUACUCGGAUGAGGACGCCACCCAACCCAAAAGCCACUUCCAGCCGAUGACAAGCUUGACCCAGGCCCACUGAGCCGGCUCCUCUUCCCAUCUCUCUUCUUCCCAGAAAGGACCUCAACCACACUCCAAGCUGGCAGCCAAUGAACAGUGGCCCCUGCCCACCUCGG